AUGGAGAUCUUCUGCCGCAAUAUCCCUGAGCAAGUCCAGGAUAAGCAUCUAAAACGAGAAUUUACUCCGGUGCUUGCGAAAUUCGGAAUUACCACGUUUACUUGUCGGAGAGCAGCAAAGAAAAAUGCUUUCCUUACCAUCCUUGAUCUCCACAAGGCCCAGAAACUCCUGGAUGUGCAUGGGCAAGAUGAGGAGAGAAAAAGGAAGCCAGCCAUACUGCUGAAGCUGUUUAAUCAGCCGAUUUAUCUGGUAAAGGCACGAAACGAGCCGGACGAGUUUGCCCUCCGUGCGAUGAAGUUUGAAGAAGAAAAACGGCGACUUGCGGAGCAGAGAAGACCAGUGUUUCAGGUGACGAUGAACGGAACAUUUAUCCCUCGAGCCCCAGCGUCCGAUGCUGGCAGUACUGGCAGCGGUUCCGCUACAAGUACUCGUGCCAAUCGACCCAAGUCUUUCAACGUCAACACGAUGUCUUGUGGCUAUUGGGACUAUCAACUUGGGCACCCGGUCUUCGUGGAGGUGUAUCGAUGCCCAGGGUUUGGAAAGGUGGUCUUCGGCAAAUCAUUAUUUCGAGUCACGAUGACGAAUGUUGCUCCAUUGACUGACUACUAUCUGGAGUUUGCGUACUCGAUCAUCCGAAGUGUACACAUCGGCACAGCCCAGCAAGCAUCCCUGACACUUUUAACUAAUACCGCCCCGAGAUUUUACAUAUCUGAUCCCCUGGAAAAAAUGAAAGCUCAAACAGCGAAGGCGAUGAAGAAAUAUAUUCCGACUAGGCGAAGAGUGGGACACUUUGGCGGGGAUCACGACGGAGCUUCGGGUAUCUGUUUCACGUAUCGAUUCGAACUACUUGACAGCCGAGAUAUCUCUGCUAUUCGAAAUCUUCAUGGUCUUGAGCAUGUUCCGCCGAUUGGCAGAUGGGUCGACCGGCGCGUGGCCUGCAGCGAUUCUUUCAGCCUGGUCAAGGCACACUUUGAGUACUACCUAGAAGGCUGGCCGAUUUCAUUCAUACUGAAGUUCCAAAUCGCGAAGUUUGUUUGGAACGGAGAUAUUAGUCCUACGAGAAUGUUGCGAUUUUACCCUUGCAUUAAACAAUUGGCAGGCAUUCAUGGGGACGAAAUUGUCGCCGAAGGCCUCAACAAGAUGAUUUCCAGCCUAGAAUACCCUAGUCCUGAUACACAUGAGAGAGACGUCGAUAUCAACGCCUUGGAAGAGUUGUUGCUGGAGAAGAUUGAAAGAGUACUCUCCCAAAACGAAGCAAGUCGGAAUCUUACACAUCCCAACAACGUUAAAGUCAACAGAACGCAGGUUACUCCUAGCGGAAUAUACCUUUACGGUCCAAAUAUUGAAACGAAGAACCGUGUUCUGCGUCAAUAUGAUAACCACAUCAACCACUUUCUUCGCGUUGAAUUUGUGGAUGAGCAUGGCGACCGUGUUUAUUAUGACCCUCAGGCGUCACUGGAGGAGAUAUUUUACCAGCGCUUCAAAGGUGUUUUAAAAAACGGAAUCCAAAUCGGUGGACGCCGUUUCAGCUUCCUUGGCUUUUCCCAUUCCUCUCUACGAAGCCAAACUUGCUGGUUUGUGGCGCCCUUUAUAACGAAUACUGGUGAGCGAUUUGAUGUGGAAAGUAUCAUUCAGGGGCUUGGAUCGUUUGAUCAUAUUUAUUCUCCGUCAAAACUGGCAGCGAGGAUUGGGCAAACGUUCUCAGAGACUCAAUCUUCCAUUAAAAUCCCUGAAGAUGCUGUUUACUUUGAUGAGCCUGAUAUCAAGCGGAAUGGACGGGUGUUUAGUGAUGGAGUUGGGACAAUGUCCCCGUCAAUUAUGUAUAAGAUUUGGAAAGAAUACGCUCUUCGGGAAAGGGUCAAGCCCACGAUAUUUCAGAUACGCUUUGCCGGUAAUUCUCUGCCCUCAACUUUUCCGUGUUAUCCCACGGCUAAUACUGUCUUUUGCAUCAUUCUAGGGGCCAAAGGCAUGGUAUCGCUCGAUUCCCGAUUAAAAGGAGAUCAAUUGAAGUUAAGGGAAUCUAUGAUCAAAUUUAAAGCUAAAGGCGCUUUCAAUAUCGAAAUCUGUGGAUCUGGAACCCGGGCUCUACCAUUCUAUCUAAAUGCACAGCUUAUCAAAGUAUUGGAAGAUUUGGGUGUCAGACCAAGUGCUUUCAUAGAUCUUCAGACCGAUGAGAUCGAUCGCCUACGCUCGGUUGAAAAAUCCGUCAUCAAGGCGGGACAAUUCUUAGAGCAGACCAAUAUCGCACAGGGCGUACGUCUCCCUUGGCUCAUUCAAGUUAUACGUGGGCUCGAACUUCACCAUGACCAAGAUCCAUUCUUGCGCUCAGUUAUCCAACUGGCCGUGUUUCUCAAAAUGCGCGACCUAAAGUAUCGAGCACGUAUCAGAGUGCCAAAUGCAGUCACACUUUACGGUAUCAUGGAUGAAUCCGGAUAUCUGAAAGAAGGAGAAAUUUUCUGCACAUUCCUAACCGAAGGCGGUGUCCGUGAAAUUCUCGUCCGUGAUCGCAUUAUAGUCACGCGCUCGCCUGCUUUGCAUCCUGGGGACGUCCAGUUUGCCAACGCCGUUGAUGUGCCGGCUACAUCGCCGUUGCGCAAGUUGCAUAAUUGCGUUGUUUUCAGCCAACAUGGACAGCGUGAUCUACCGAGUAUGUUAAGCGGAGGCGAUCUGGAUGGCGACCUUUAUAACAUUAUUUACGACGAGCGCUUAAUGCCACGGCGUACAAUUGAGCCUGCAGAUUAUCCUAGAGUUGAGGAGAAGCUACUUAAUCGUCGUGUCGUUAGAGAUGACAUUAUCGACUUUUUCGUUACUUUUAUGGAGCAAGACCAGUUGGGGCGCAUCGCAACUAUACACCAAGCUCUUGCAGAUCAAAAGAUCGAAGGCACUUUGGAUCAAGAUUGUUUGCUCCUUGCGGAACUACAUUCAACCGCAGUGGACUUUUCUAAAAGUGGCAUUCCGGUAAGCGUUUAUUUGGUUUACGACCCCGAAUAUGGAAAAACCCGAGCCCUUGCCUAA